AGAACCGCCGCCGAGCCGGGCCAGCAUGUCCGGGACCAAAUACGUGGACUCGGAGGGCUUUCUGUACGCGGCGCCCGUCAGGGAGCAGGGCAACAUCUACAAGCCCAACAACAAGAUGAUGGCCGAUGAGCUGAGCGAGAAGGCGGUGCACGACGUGCACACCAAGGAGAUCGACCUGGUCAACCGCGACCCCAAGCACCUCAACGACGACGUGGUCAAGAUUGAUUUUGAAGAUGUGAUUGCUGAGCCAGAGGGAACACACAGCUUUGAUGGGAUUUGGAAGGCCAGUUUCACCACCUUCACUGUUACAAAAUACUGGUUUUAUCGCUUACUGUCGGCAAUCUUUGGCAUUCCCAUGGCUCUCAUCUGGGGCAUCUACUUUGCCAUUUUGUCAUUCCUGCACAUCUGGGCAGUGGUGCCUUGCAUAAGGAGCUACCUGAUUGAGAUCCAGUGCAUUAGCCGUGUCUAUUCUAUCUGCAUCCACACGUUCUGCGACCCGCUUUUUGAGGCCAUAGGCAAAAUGUUCAGCAGCAUCCGAGCCACAGUACGGAAAGAGAUUUGAGGGACCUUUCAAGGAGAGUCAUCAGCCUAAAGCGGGAUUGGGUAUUUAGUUUCGUUUGGAGUUUCUUGGUGCCAGUUUCAAGUUUUCCAAAGCAACAUGCAGCAACCGGUGGUGGAUAGACUGGCCCAAAACAAUCACUUGCUCAGUGUCCUUUUCUACUCUUUAUUCCUACUGGACUACUUAUUCUUUUUUUCUU